AUGCUUCUCCCGUUUCUUUACCCCGCAGGCGCGAUCUUCAUAUUUGCUGCCCUAAUUGAAGCCACAUGCUACAAUCCCGACCGGACGGUCGCGUCCAAUGCGGUGCCCUGUAGCAGCAAUAGUACUACUUUCUGUUGCGGGACGGGCGCAAUUUGUCUCAGCACGGGAUACUGCCUCAGUGCGACCACACAACCGUUUACGCUGUAUCGCGGCUCCUGCACGGAUUCUGGCUGGGGAAGUUUCUGCGCUUAUUACUGCGUAAAUUACCAGACCGGCUCGAACGCCCCGAUGGUCAGCGUGGGACUGAAUGACAACAGCCGCGCAAUUUACUGCUGCGGCUAUCAAAGCGAGAAUAGUAAUGCUACUAGAUGCUCCAACGGAGAUGCGCCCUUUGUCCUGGAUGAUGGAGAGAUGAUCUUCGGUCGGGCCGCGUUAGCUAAUGGUACCGGUACCGCCUGUCGGUCCGACCCGUCCACAACAGGAACUACCAAUACUGCGGGCGGAACCGAAGAAACCCCCAUUUUCACGGGCACAACCAAAGGAACCGGAGAAACCGGAGGAAGCCCCUUGCACAAUUAUAGCACAGCAGUUGGGGUCGGCGUUGGUGUUCCACUGGGCGUUUUGUUGCUGUGUGCUGUGGCUUGGGGCCUCACUAAGCGACGACGAAAUAGGCGACGCCAACUGACCAUGACUGAGACUGCGCAACCGCCCAUGACCGAGGCUGCGCAAGAGUCUAGAGAGGUUUAUAUGCCUCCGCGACGAAAGUAUGGCCCGACAGAAUUGUCUCCGUCGACGGAUACGAACUCGGAUACCUUGAUUCACGGGUCCCCUCUUGCGGAGAUUAUGGGGUCUGAAGCGCGACGGGAUUGA